UGUGUGUGCUCGUGUGUGUGUGUGUACUUCCUUCCUAACUUCCAACUCGACUGAGGCAGCUAGUGGAAACCAUUUCGCAAUUGUGGAGAGUACACUCUCAAUGAGGGGGAAAAAUGUAAUGAGAAAGUGAGAGAACAAUUGAGAAACUAAGAAGAACAAUUUGGGUCCAGCUUCCUGAGGCACCAGGACAUUGUCUUGGGGCUGCUCUAUGGAACCCCUCAUACAGGAGAAAGGAACUAGAAGGGGCACGCUGAAGAAAAACAGACUAUUCUAUGGGGAAGAAAGACAUGUACAACUGUCUGUUUCUCUCAUUGACCUGUCUAUGCAUUCUCCAUGGUAAGUCAAACUACUCUUGUUUAGGAUUCCUGACAGUUGUAGAUAUAACCUUGGUUUUAAACCAUACGUAGGAUGGCCAACAAAUACCUGAAACAGCUAUCUAGGAUGUCGCUCAAGAAAAGGAAGGACAAGUAAUCAAUCAAACAAUCUAACCUAAAUUGAUGUAUCAUCUGCUUUCCUACAAAAGAGGUAUCAUGAGAAAUCACUACUCUCAAUGAACUCUCUCUCAUUACUAUAAAUGUAGAUUGCUAUUAGGAUAUUCAUUGCUGUAGAUGCUACUCCUCUAUUGUCUAGUGAAUUUUUUAUAUCAUAUUUAUAUGUUCCAUUUUUUCAACUUUUGUUCCCUCAGGGUAUGAUGCAGAGGAAUGUGUGACUUCUGUCUUGGCAAAGAGAAGUUCUGUUAACAUACCAAAGGGGGGCCCUCUUUCCCUAUCCUGUGUUGUUCAGCAUUGUGGAGAUGAUGGCUGGACAGGGGGAUGGGGGCUUUCAACAGAGGGACAGUUCCUUCUCUUUAGUCCCACUCCAAAGUAUCAUCUCUCCAACAUCACGUUGACAACCAAUAGAACCCGUCUGCUCAUGGACAUCCUCAAAGUCAACCAAUCAGAUUAUGGAAUGUACCAAUGCCAGAUCACCUGGGUUGAGGGAUACACCAGUGUUGGACAUAUGACAUAUGUGAACAUUACUGCAGGUAGAUAUGGUCCUUCUGUCUACAUAAAAUCAUUGUUCAUCAGUUUCAUGCAAGUAAUGUACAGUAUGUAUUUAUUUAUUUUUGCCCACACUUUGUAAGAUUUCCCUCCAAAAUGAGAAACAAUCACAGAAAAUGACCACUCCACAUUCCCAGAUGACAGGUAGACUGGUAUGCAUGUGCUCUGACUUCAUUGAUGUGCUGUACCCUUUCUCUGUAGCCAUACCACCCACAUCCGUGAGGAAGGUCUAUUUCAGGGUGGUGAUGUAUGUAAGUACCUGUUUGGUAAUCACCCUGGUUUUGGUUCUGGGUCUGGCUUGCCAUAUAAGGUCAAAGGUCCCAUCUCAGCCCCCUCCAAUACCACCGCCCAACCCCCCACCGCGCUCUCGAAGCACACGCAAGGACAAGCCCCGUAAGACAUCUCUUUCUUUAUCUAUACAGUUUCUUAACAUAUUGCUGCUGUAUGUUGACAUGCACAUUUCUACCACAGCACUGUACGUGAACAUUAUAUCCAAUUGUACAGUUGAUCGUGUCUACUGCUUAUUUAAAGGCCAAGUCUAAUGCUAAUUUGUGAAGUGACCAAUUAGGUAUGCAUUAAUUCUGCUUUUGACUCUGAUCUUUUCUUUGCAGCCACACCCAAACCUAAACCAAAGAUAGAGGUGUGUGUUCUUUGAAUAAUGGCUUCUGAAUGCUCUUUUCCUUAACCAUUUUCUAGAAUGCUUCCUUGGGCUAACCUGAGUGUCUAUUUUCUUGCAGUUGGUCUAUGCAGCUCUUUCAAAGGGCUGUCUUGAACAGCAGAAUCCUAAUCCUCAACGAGAAGCUGCACAGCCCACAGUCUACUCCUCUCUCCGCUUCUCCUGACUCAGUCAGACUUUUAUAUUGUUGAGACCUCAACCCAAAUCCUACCCACUUGGCACACACUGGUUGAA